AUGACCAGCAUCAACCAAAACUGGACCUCUUUCGAAGGAAUAGACCUCGAUACCGAUCGUGCAAGAUUACUGAGGACUAUUUUACAAAGUGCAAACUUGAGUUACCUAUGCUCCAAAGCUAUCGAGAUUCGUCGAAAAUUGGACCCUCAAACUGAUGAAACCAUCACCUGCUCGGCGGAAACCAGCAAGUUCACCAGUGGGCAAUGCAAUAUAGUAAUAGUCGUAAGAUUCUCCGACUCGCUUGAAUGGGUGGCGAGAAUUAUGCUACCUCUCGUACCGGUGCCGCGGGUAUUCGGAUACGACACGACGACAAAUGAGAUUAGAUACCGAUACCUACUCAUGGAAGCUAUUCCAGGGAGAAUCUUAGGCAUUAAGGUGGCUUCGUCUAUUCCCGAGCAGCAUAAGAGAAGCUUCGCGGCUCAAUUAGCAGGGUACAUGUACGAACUAAGCACCAUGACUUUCAAUAAAAUUGACCGAGUCAUUUCACCCGACCUUCCCAGAGACGAUGGCCAGUUUGAUUUGCGUGCAUUUCUCAUUGGUGAUUCUGAGAUCGCAACAUUGAAUACUUCACGUGAAUAUUUUUAUCUUCUUCGGAAAGCCCAAACAAAAGCAAUUCUCAAAGCUCAUCCGGCUGACCCAAAAUGGGAGACGGCAGCUUGGCUUCUUGAGAAAGCCCUCACCAGCCUUGUUGUGGACGAGCAUAUUUAUGGGCCAUUCCCUAUUUGUCAUCUGGAUGUUCAUUACAACAACAUCAUUGUUGAUGAUUCCUUCCGUAUUAUCGGCAUAAUCGAUUGGAGUCACAACCAAGAUUCGACAAAGCGGGCCAUUACUGAAUUUCGCGACCUAAUCAUUGCUGAGCUGGAGAUUAUUGAAACCCACAAACCAAAGACUUCACCCGCCGGUAGAUUCGAGUUGUCUCGUCUUUUUUCUUCGCCGCGAGCCGAGGCGGUUUGUCGAUGUAGAUACAGGUAUCCGUGGAGAGCUAUAUUCGAUGCAAAGCUCACACUUCUUCUGUUUUAUGGGAAGAAUGCCAGGUUGGAGGAUUUUCGUACCUUUUGUACUGAGCGUUGUGUGUAA